CUGUCUCUGCCAAAACAAGUUUGUCGUCGUCUGCUCUGAGCUACCGGACCCUGCCAGGAGCUCCAGGCUCGGCUGGGUCCCAUCCCUUUGGAGUAGCACCUUCAGACAAGCCUAGGAAGCACUGAACUCCAGCGAUCAAGGGAGCCAUGGAGGAGAAAGCUGCUCAGUGGGAGCAGAAGAGACCCAAGCUUCGUCUGGAAAAGCUACAGCACUGGGCAAGGCACAGGCAGAGUGGGCACCUCUUGGUGCUGGCGGUGAGUCAGCUAUGGCUGGCAGUGGGCGUGGUGCCCUUUGCUGUCUCCGUUGCCUGCCUGAACUCUGCUUGUCACAUGGCCACAGCACUGCCACUUGGGCCUGGAGCAUUGGGUCUCCUCACUGGGACUGUCACCCUUGAGCUGCGCAGAGCACCCCGCCUCUGGAAGGUGCAGGCCAUGAUGAUACUCAACAUCUUCAGUCUGAUCUUGGGCUUUAUCGUGGUGGUGGUCGAGGUGAUGAAGACAGCCUUGGGGCCUGCCCCAGCUGCCCCUUCCCAGCUGGCUGGCUUGCUGGUGGUGGAGCUCAGCACUGAGGCCUUCACCCUAGGGGGAGUGCUGGUCUCUGCAUACUCGCUAUUCCUGCUGAGCCAGAGGAAGCCAGGAUGCUGCAGGAGCCAGAAUCUGCACUACCAGGAGCUCGAGGAGGGUCUCUCUGAGUUGGAGGAAGUUGCUGCCUUGGAGAAUGGUCCCACAGUGGCUAGCACAGCAAAUGCAACAAAUGAGUGAGCUGGCAAGCGGAGGCAGACAAGUCCUGCUCCACUAACCCGGCAGGAGCGUUCUCCAGACCCUCCUGCCCCCACUCCACAGAACUUAGAAGCUAGAUGGAGUCCUCUGAGACCUACAUGAAGUCUGGAGGAGCGCCUUCAGUUUUCAUGCAGACUAGGCCCCUUGCUCUUCCCUUCCCCGCUACCCCUAGCUAUACCUGAACCAGAGUCUUCCCUCGCCUUAUUGCCCUGGAAAGCUGCCCUCCUGCAGGACAUCCUUAAACCAACUUUCAGCUGUACCCCCUUCCUCCCUUCCCCUCCCUACCCGUCGCCUCCCCAUACAGCUUCACAUCUGCCUCAUCUCACUUAUUUCUCUUCUUUCCACCUUUCACAAGCCCAUCCGCUCCAAGCCCGGGGUCCCGUACAAGCCUAUUCUCGGCAAUCAAUUCACGGGUGCUUUAGUUUUUUCUCCCUUCGAUCCGGUUCCUUUCUACUCUAGCGAAGACUACAAGUCCCGGGCUGCCCCCGCUGCCCCGUGGCCUGAUGGGAAAUAAAGAGCCUUCUCUCCGGGA